AUGCCUUCUCUACUCGGACAGGAAGUCGGCCCUAUUGGCUAUGGCACAAUGAGAAUGACCUGGAACGCGCAGCUUCCAUCAGAAGAGGUGUGCUUCGAGACACUUAAUACUACCCUGGAACUGGGUGCCAACUUCUGGAACGCUGGCGAGCUGUACGGCACUGCAGAGUACAAUUCCCUACACCUGCUCAACAAGUACUUCACCAAGUACCCUGAGAACGCAGAGAAGGUAGUUCUCAGUGUCAAGGGUGGUUUGAAGGUGGGCGAGCUCGUCCCGGAUUGUUCCGAGAAGAAUAUUCGUCGUAGCGUGGACGAAUCUCUCCGUCUGCUUGAUGGCAAAAAGAAGCUUGAUAUCUUCGAAUGCGCGCGACAAGACCCCAAAGUUCCCGUUGAGGAGACCAUCAAGGUCCUCGCAGAGUAUGUCAAGGAGGGCAAGAUUGGGGGAAUUGGAUUGAGUGAGGUUGAUGCCGAGACGAUCCGCCGAGCACACAAGGUGCACCCAAUUGCUGCCGUCGAGGUUGAGAUGUCAUUAUGGUCCACCGAUAUCCUCCACAACGACAUUGCCAAAACCUGCGCGGAACUCAAUAUCCCCGUCAUCGCUUACUCGCCACUAGGCCGAGGUGUUCUGACCGGAGCUGUGACCUCGCUGGCCGACAUUCCUCAAGAUGACAUUCGGCACCAUCUGUCUCGGUUCCAGGAAGAAAACUUCCAACAAAACCUGAAGCUCAUUAACGAGGUCAAGGACCUUGCGUCUCGCAAAGGUGUUGCACCUGCUCAGAUUGCAUUGGCGUGGAUCCGGACUCAGAGUGAGAAGCCCGACAUGCCUACUAUUAUCCCCAUUCCUGGCGGUACUACGAAGGAUAAGGUGGUUCAGAAUAUGGGCGGUGCGCAGACGCUGACAGAUUCUGAGAUGGCGGAGAUCGAUGCUAUUUUGGAGGAACAUACGGUUUCGGGGGCUCGAUACUAG